AAAGAGGAAGGUGGGGAGAGUUGAAGGAAUAUUAAUGGCGAAGUGUGUGGUGGCAGAUAUGCAUAUUGAAAGCAAAGUGGUGCAAUAAAAAGGUGGGAGUUGAUGAGGAUUUAUUGGUGGGACUAUGGGUUUUUAUAAUGCUUUGAAGCCACUGUGGUGAGCUGCUGCUGUACCUGCAGGUGCCCCCAAGAAAACAACAACAAAUGCUGUGGUGAUUGAUUGAAUAUGUCUAUGAAUCCAAUGCAGAGAGAGAGGCAAUGAUGAUGAUGAUGGUGAAGGUGAAGGUGAAGGCAUUUGCAGCUCCUUAAUGACAGUCCUUUUCUUUGCAGCUGGUUUUUCCAUUUAUUGUGUACCUUGUUGGGUUUUGGAAGAGAAGCUGAUCGCUAGCUGGGUUAGCUAGGCUCUGACUUGCUUGUUGCCUCCCCUCCCCCACCCCCCUCUUUGUUUUAGCCACUAAUGGUGUUCUAGUUCCCUCAGUUUCUCUCAUUGGCAUUGAAUGAGAUAUGGGUGGUCUUCUGAAAAGGAAGACGACAUCUUCUUCUUCCCUUUUUCUUCUUCCUCUAUUUUUGGCUUUCUUCUUUCUCAUUUUCUUGGAAAGAUCUGUGGUUGUUGUUUCGGGUUUGGACUACUCCAAGCACAGGCAAGUCAAUAGCUUGAGGCUUAAGAGGAUUCAAAAGCACCUGGACAAGAUCAACAAGCCUGCUGUCAUGACCAUUGAGAGCCCAGAUGGAGAUAUCAUAGACUGCGUUCAUAAAAGAAAACAACCUGCUUUGGAUCAUCCUCUUCUCAAGAAUCACAAGAUUCAGAGGGCUCCACCAGAGAUGCCAAGAGCGAAGACAAAAACGAAAGGAGAAGAGGUGAAGAGAGACUACAAUACUACAAGUAGCAACAGUGAAGAAAGGACAGUGCUGAGUAGCAGAGGUGCAUGGCAAAUGUGGCAUCAAAAUAGGACAAGGUGCCCCAAGGGCACAGUCCCCAUCAGGAGGAGCACAGUCCAUGAUGUGUUGAGGGCCAAAUCCCUCUAUGAUUUUGGGAGGAAACAGAGAAGAAUGCCUCUUGCCAGGCGCACCGAUGCACCUGAUGUGGUCAGUGGCAAUGGCCAUGAGCAUGCGAUCGCGUACACGGGAACAUCUCAAGAGGUAUACGGAGCAAGGGCAACAAUAAACGUGUGGGACCCAUCCAUACAAGUGGUCAACGAAUUUAGUCUCUCUCAGAUUUGGAUUCUUUCUGGAUCAUUCGACGGCUCAGAUCUCAAUAGCAUAGAAGCUGGAUGGCAGGUCAGUCCGGAGCUUUAUGGUGACAGCAGACCCAGAUUAUUCACUUAUUGGACGAGUGAUUCAUAUCAAGCAACAGGGUGCUACAACCUUCUAUGUUCAGGAUUUGUGCAGACCAACAGUAAAAUAGCCAUCGGAGCGGCCAUUUCUCCGGUGUCGUUGAUCUCCGGCAACCAAUAUGACAUAACCAUUCUCAUAUGGAAGGAUCCGAAGUUGGGAAAUUGGUGGAUGGGGUUUGGGGACAACACACUAGUGGGAUACUGGCCGUCACAGCUGUUUACACACUUGGCAGACCAUGCAACCAUGGUGGAGUGGGGCGGCGAGGUGGUGAAUUCCAGGGCCAACGGCGCCCACACGUCCACCCAAAUGGGGUCCGGGCAUUUCGCUGAAGAUGGAUUUGGGAAAGCAAGCUACUUCCGAAACCUUGAGGUUGUGGAUUCAGACAACAGCCUGAGUACAGUUGGAGAGAUAUCAACUCUGGCAGAGAAUACUAAUUGCUACAAUAUAAAGAGCUCCUACAACAAUGAAUGGGGCACACAUUUCUACUUUGGGGGACCGGGAAAUAAUCCCCGGUGCCCCUGAUCAUCGUCAUUGUUGUUUGCUCGUAACCAUUAUCGUCCUAUAAUAUUCUAAGUCGAAGCAAAAUCUAUAUUUUAACAUUCUUUAUUUUGUAAGUAUAGAAUUAUGCUAUUUCCAAUCUUGUUUGUGUCAUUGCCAAAUUUUUGUCCUAGAUCCAAUAAGGCCAAAGCAUUGCAUAAACAGGUGUGGAAAUAGCAAUAUUCUAGAGAGUAAUCUCUUAUUUGUACCAAGUGAGUGCUUCUAAUUGCUAAAAUUUGUUUCUUGUA